UCAUGCAUGUAUUCGUGUUAGGAUUCAUGUGUACAUGCAUGCGUGCAAUUGCAUGAAUGCACAGCAUUAUGGGCUGUCAUCUAAUCAGCUGUUGAAUCAACUUUUCACCUAAUCCAGGUGUAAAAAAAUUUGUGAAAAAUACUCGACACACGGAACCUGAAGGUAAUAUUAUGGCAGUUUCUCGAAAUGUCAGUACGUAAAGGAAUAUUAGACACAUGUUCUAUAGUAUAAUAAAAGAUCAUAUAAUCAUCAAGCAUGCAUUUCUCAAUACCGGAUACCCAGGAAUUCAUUGACGAGAGUGGGAAUGCGUAUCUGGGAUAUAACAUACAUAUCAAUGGAUUAUUUCACUGCACUGUAAGGUAUAAGCAACUGUUGAACCUACAUGUGCAACUAGGAAAAGAGCUUGACGUUGUGCUUCCUGAAUUUCCGCCAAAAAAGUUAUUCCCAUUGACAGUAAAUCAGCAGGAGGAAAGACGUGCUCUUUUGGAAAAAUAUAUUCAAACAAUUGGGCAAAAUUCUGCUAUAAACAGUUCUGAAUUGCUUAAUGGAUUUCUAUUACAUGCUCAACAAGAAACGGCAGGAGAACAUUCUGGAGUAGAAAAUUUAGAUAUUUUUCUGAUUAAUGGGCAGAAAAUUACAAUAUCUGCCUCACCCGGAGAAAACUCGGAACAAAUUUUAAUGAAAUUCUGCCGUUUAAUUGAAUUGCAUGAAAAGUAUGCUUGCUACUUUGCAUUGUUUCUUAUGCAUCAAGAAGAAGACGAUAGUAACAUAAAUGUGCUACGAAAGUUGCAAAACUUUGAGUCUCCUCUCGUCACUCACAAGAGUAUACCUCUUAUUAGCGUCAAGAUAGUGCUGGCUAAAAGCUACUGGAACCCUGCCUAUGACGAAGAAUUGAUGCAGGAUAAAGUUGCUCUAAAUCUGCUCUAUGUUCAAACAGCAUCAGAAAUAGACAGAGGAUGGAUUUCUGUUCCCAAUGAAUCAAGAGAUCGCCUUGCUAGCAUACGAGCUAGAAGCAAUAAAAAGGAGUACAUGAAACUGGCCAGAUCUUUUAAAUACUACGGAUAUGUUCAGUUUGCUGCGUGUCUCAGUGACUAUCCUGAACCACGAACAAGGGUUUUGGUAUCCAUUGGUAAAAACGAACUUAAUUUACGAAUUUAUCAAGAAGGUGAAGAGGAAUGUGAAGCUACAUUCGAAGUUACUAGAAUGCGUUGUUGGCGCAUCACUACACUGCACAAUACUGCAGAAAAACAUGAAGAUGAAGAAUAUAGCCUUGAGUUAUCCUUUGAAUAUCUGAUGUCUAAAAACCAGUUGCAAUGGAUUACAAUUUCAUCGGAACAAGCUAUCCUCAUGUCUGUUUGUUUACAAGCUAUGAUCGACGAGUUGCUGAUAAAAAGUAUUGGCGGAAAUAAAAACCAGGAAAAAUCAUCAAAAACUUGGACGUAUAUGAGAAGAGAUGGUAACAGUCAAGUCAUAGCGACAUCUCCUUCUACGGACAGUAUUAAUAAAACAGACCAGGAAAGCGAGCAUCAAUCUAUGCCAACAAAAGCUGAACCAAUUAUGCGAAAAAUAACUGAGAGAUUAUCAGCAGUAACUGUGAAGAAAUCCGAUGGGAUAAAGAGAUCAACAAAUGUUUUGAACAAAGGAGACGGCUCAACUGAAAAUAAUGCAUUCCAUAUGAUUGGAGACGAUGAUCUUUGAACAUCUAUAACAUUCCGGUUGGAAUAAGAAUGGGUGAUAUUCUAUGCAGCUUUUAAUGAACUGAUACUCAAUAUUGAUGAUCUUUGAACAUCUAUAACAUUCCUGUUGGAAUAAGAAUGGUUGAUAUUCUAUGCAGCUUCUAAUGAACUGAUACUCAAUACUAACAGGUUUGGAAUUCAUUUUAAACUGUGUUAUUAAACGGGGGAAGGUUUUCAUAUUGUACAUCAUUGAUGAGCCAAAAUGAUAUUGCCAAAUCGAAUUGUACAAGUAUUCGACAUAUUAGCAUUAUUAGAGUGGCACUCUUUUUCACAUUAUGCUAUAUUUAAGUUCACGAUCUCACCAAAGAAUGAUGUUUUUGUUAUCCCAAUUUAAAACUUUAUGUUUGAUAAACAAGUACGGAUUUGCAAGUAAUCAAACAAGUCAAAAAGUAGAGAAUCUUGUUACUUGCAUAUUUUGACUCUCAGGCAAAAAUCAUAUUAGGUUUUCAUCUAUUUUCGUGAUUUAAAACAUAUAAGUAAUAUAAAUUAUUUAAAAAGUCAAUUAAUUUCACGCAUCAACAUCAACGAUUUUGAUGAACUUAAUUAGUAGGAGAGGUAUUUCGUUUCUAGAAUUUGAAGUAAGCAAAAGCCCAAUUUUUGAGCGGUUUCAAAAAAGAAAAAAUGAGGUGUAAAAUUAUGUCACUUUAAUAUAUUUGUAUAUUGUAACAAGAGCACUAUCAAUUCUUCAUUGUGCUAGGUAAAUCGGGUUGCUGAAUAUUUCUAAAACUCCUGAAGACAGUAACUGCAAAGACGCGAAAAUCACGCGAUUUUUUCCAUACGAUGUAUAGACUUAUUUUUGUAUAAUAUUUUCAAUUUUUUUUUUGUUUUUUUAAUUAAUUAUACUGAAUACUGACGUGAUCGUUGAUAUAAAUUUUGUAUUCAAAAACGUUUGCCAGCUGAUAUGUAAAUCAUGUAAACAACUCGGAUUCACUUUCAGUUUUACACUGAAAUGCCCCUUGAAUUUAUAUUAUUUAUACUUGAAAUAUAAAGAAAAUUAGAAUCUUUUCCACUCUGUAUUAGAGAAAUGAUUUAUAAGCUUUUGUAAUACAAUUGGUAGAUUUAUUUAUUUUUCUAUCAACUGUCCGAAAGAGUGUUUUCCUCAGUG